AUCAGUAUUCGCCGGCUGAUCAAGCCCCAAAUACGAAGCGAGUAGCGCAUGUUGUAUGCAGUGCUUGUUUAUUUGACAUGACUGAAGCAAAGGCAUAACGCAUAAAUAUUGUUCAAGCAGACAGUUUUGUUUUCAUUGAUUCAAAAUGAACUGUGUUCUGAGAAGAGUUAUUAACCACAAGAAAACAGUGAACUACAAUUAACUUUUCUUAAGAUGUAAGAAUACGAUGCUUAUAUUUCGUUCUUCACUCUUACGAGGAUCCUUGGUUUAAUGGAAACUCUACUGUUCUCAAAAACUUUUAGAUGCAUCGUGUUCUUUGGUUGGAUGAUGAUUGCUGUGAUGUCAUGUCCGUCAGAGAUGAAAUGCAAACGCUACUCCUUGGAUACGUCAAAGAGCUUGAGAGUCACGUGCUCGGGAGGUCUCCACGGAAAAUUUCAGACGGGUACAAGACGACAAGUCCACGUGAUCACUCUGUGCCGGUGGCCGAAUUCCACUUUCGACCCAACGAUCAUCGAACAUCGGUUCCCGGAGUUGAGGAAUCUGACUCUUCAGGACAGCGAAGUGACCCGGCUCAAGGCCUUCAGCAGUGACUUGAAGCAACUGCAGGUGCUUAACAUGUCUGGUUUGAGACUGAACUGGAUUGCUGAUUCGACGUUCUCUGAACUGAAGAAACUCCGAGUUUUGGAUCUGCGAAACAACAGCUUGAGUCAGCUUGAACAGAGCGCGCUAGAAAGCCCUCCGGCCUUGCAGAAAGUCUACCUUUCCGGCAAUCCUUGGGACUGCAGUAGUGACCUCACGUGGCUGGUGGACGAAGGAGGCAAUAGUUCGGUGGUACGCCGCGUGGUGGAUCGUGACAAGAUGAUUUGUAACAACGAAACUUAUCCCAAGAAGCCUGUAUUGCCCAUUAUGGGCAUGCUCAAGACCCUUCAGGCAGAGUGUCCGACAGCUCCACCCACAAAUUGUACCUGUCACAUGAACUACGUGGCUCCCAACCCAGAUGGGGUGACGUUGCAGCCGUUCACGACCAUCAACUGCAGCUAUCGGGGUCUGAUCGACCUUCCCGACAAGCUGCCGUCGGUGACCACGACACUCCUCGUAAAAGGAAAUCAGAUCUCAAGUUUGAAACCUCUAGUUAACAACCCACACUAUAGAAAUGUGAUGGAUAUGUUUUUGGAUGAUAACCACAUCCGCUCCAUAGAAGCUCUUGAGGGUACAGACUGGUUAUUAAAAUUUAGGGUAUUAAGUCUCAGAAGCAACCAGCUCACCGAGGUACCAACUUAUGCGCUGGAUAACGCUCUGCAGCGUAAUCGGAAUGCUGCCAUUGUCCAUCUGGGGAACAAUCCCUGGAUCUGUGACUGUUUCUUCACUCCUAGUUUCCAAGACUUCAUUAUUAAGUACAGAAAACUAGUCAAAGAUAUUGAUGAUGUGAGAUGUUCCUCUGUUCACGGAGAUGAGAACUCCUUAACUCAGAUUCAGGCUUUGUCCAGAAGCGCUGUUUGCAGUGAACCCAGCGAAUACUUAAUCCAACCACUGGACUUACUAAAUGCCAUCUUGGCUUCCCUCAUUGUCCUUGUGAUUGGAAAGCUGAUUUACGACUACUGGUCCUUCAAGAAAACAGGAAAACUUCCAUGGCUUGUAGCAAAGAUGCCAUGAACAGAAGACAUUCUGGAUCUGAUGAAACUGUGCCCAGUUGCAAGCUGGAUACACAGAGAGCCUUAGCACAGCAUACUGCAGUACCGACAGAAUUACCCGUGCAUGCUCAACAUGCUUUUGUGAUUGAUUUCAACUGCAACAGCUGUACAUUAGUCACUGAAGACUAAUUAGAAGAAACUAAUUAAAAUUCUGAAAAGGAAAAUUAUGCAUUCCACAUUAAGAAAACUGAUUACCCUUUUAUAAAUGUGGGUCUAAUCUUUCUUCCUUUUUUGACAUUCAUUGCAAAUGGAAGGGUUGAGGAAAAAUUAAGAUGACAGUCUUCUGGGAAGCAUGAUGAUGUUGUCAUAUAGAAAUUCACUGACAUUUCAUAGGUGCUUGCUCUUUUCAACAUUAGGACAAUGAGUGUUCAUCACGUUACUCAUCACUCUCAUGACGGAGGGAGUAAACACCUCUAGAACAUGAGACAACUUGUAUGAGACCGCGCAGUGCAAUAUUCCAGAAGGCUGUGAUCUUCACAGUACCUGCUGUGGCAGCCUAAAAUUUAGUGAGGAAAAAUAUAUCUUGGAGUUGGUAUGAAAAUGCUAAAAAAAAUGUAUAUUGCUAUUUCAAGCAGAGCGUUUGGCAGACUUGUACACUAUGAAGAUGUACUAACCAUAAAAUCUUUCCAAUUUUAAAGUUUUCAGAGAUAUGAGUGCUGUGUUUCAUUUUGUACAUGAUUGCAUUUUACUGAAAGAAAACUUUAUGAAAUUUUAAUAUGAAAAUAGUGUGGUGACUUAAAGAAACUUUAAUAAGAUAUUAUGUGAAGGAAUUAUGUCACUAUUUUUUUUUAAAUGUUUUGGCCUGCAUAUGGUGGACAAACCUACAACAUGCUAGUUAGAUACUUAGUAAAAUGUACCCAUAUUUUCUCAUAGAGCAUACACGCAGUAUUCUGCAAGCUGCUAAGCAUAAGUUGAAGGAUUUGUGGUGUUUAACUUGAAAAUUAAGUGUCUGCUUUGUCCAUUCAUUAGUCAUUUAAUUUAUAUUAUUGUUGAAAGCAAUUUAUUAAAAUGUAAAUCCAGUAUUUUCAAGAUCUGUCAUUGUAACACUUAUUUUAUGCUUGAAAAUACAUAAAUAUGUAUAUAG